AUGAAGAUCACCGGAGCUCAUUUAACCAAGUCGUCAAACGAAGUCGAUGUUCUCAAAUUCAUUGCAAGUAACGAAGUCCCUAGUGUCAGCCGCGAGUACCUGCAAAUCCUUCUCAAUCACUUUGUUCAUCAGGGACCCAACGGCAUUCAUAGUUGUGUCGUCAGCAAACCAGCCUGGUUUACAGUUGCUCAAGGUCUUUUCUGCAUGCAAAAGAGGCGAUCUUUGCCCGUGGAGGUAGCCCGAGCCAUUACAGGCCAGUUGAUCACUGGCUUGGCUGCUUUGCAUGCCAUCGGCAUUGUUCAUGGAGAUUUGCAUCCUGGCAAUAUCAUACUGGCACAUCCAGAUCGGACAUUCAAAUCGCAAACCAUUGAAGAAAUAUACAAAUCAUACUAUCGGCCUACAAAGAUUCCACUGCACUUGUACCAAGCAGCCACUCUCGAAAAGCCUCCGAUCCCCGAUAACGCGCCGCUAUACAUCGUCGCGAGUUUGUAUGCCACUGACGGAUUCGAUGCCCUUGAGCUUUCGGAUGCCGAGGUAAUAAUUGGUGACUUCGCACCCGAAUCCUUGUUUGGGAAGAGACUCAACCUCAACAUGGAUCGACCUUCCGAUAUCUGGUCUCUCGGUUGUCUAAUCUGCCGCCUCUUUGGGGUGAGGCCCAUCUUAGAUACGGCGCAUCAUGACCCUGAGGAGAACUUUGUGAGAGCGGUUAGAAUGAUUGGAAAGCCACCACAACAGUGGUGGGAUCUGUCGGAGAUGAAGGACGGGUUUAACCACAAUGCCGGCAACGAUAAUGAAGCUCACGAUGAUUUGAACGAAUACGGACCCAUCGACGAAACCAAAGCAUCAUUGAGGCGUCGGGUCAUGGUUUGGCUUAAGGAAGAUCGCGGUUCUGAUAUGACGGACGAGGAGCUCGAAGACAUGUUGGCUCUUCUAGAACCCAUGUUUCACUGGCUUCCUAACGAAAGAACGACUGCUUCUGAUCUGCUGUCCUCACCCUGGAUGAAGAAGUGGGGACUGCCAGCCAUGGAGUCCAUGAAGAGAGAGCGGAAAGCGAAGAAAAAGGAGGGAACAAUGAUAAGCAGCUCGACACAGAGUCACCAAGCUUACGUCAAUGGCGAGACUGGUACAUGUAUCUGUGAAGAUUGA